GUGUGUUUAUUCAUUGUGUUGCAGGUUAUAGAGCUAUUUGAAGGCACAUAAUUUUUGUGUUUUUUCUUUAAUUGAGUGUAGAAAGUACAUAGCAGCCAGAAUGCGCAUCACCUCGUCCCUGCUUGGAGCCCAUUUCGGCAACUUGGCCAAGGUGCACGGCAUCGUCACCUAUAAACUGUCGCCUUUUGAACAGCGUGCAUUUGCUGGAGCGAUUAGUAAAGGCCUGCCAAAUAUUUUCAACCGUAUCCGCUCAAAUAUUUUCAUUGUGGCCCCACCCUUUAUUGUUGGUUAUCUAAUCUAUGAUCUGACGGAACGGGAACAUCACCACUUAACUCGUAAGAAUCCCAAGGAUUUCGAGGAUGAAGAAUAAACCAUGUGUCUAAAUUAAGUAGAUUGUGGGCACCAAAAACUAUGAAAUUAAAUAUAAAUGUAGUUCAAUUUGCAAUAAACGAACCGGGGUAUUUUAUCUUUACUACUGGA